AUGAACGGCCCAGACAAGGGUUGCAUGAAGCAGCCUCGAUUCCGCCCGAAGGACGAGUCGCCGGAGGAGGUGGAGCGGGCGCGGCUCGCCGCCGGGGAGGACCAGCUCGGCGAGCUCAGGCGGGCCAGGGCCCCUUCUGGACGCAGCGGCAGCGCGGAGCACCAGAGCGGCAUCAAGCACAUCGUCUGGCACAAGACACGCCAGGCGUGGCAUCUUCGGGACACGAUAAGGAACGGCCCGGACAAAGGUGGCGUGAUGCAGCCUCAAUUCCGCCCCAAGGACCAGUCGCCGGAGGAGGUGGAGCGGGCGCGGCUCGUCGCCGUCGAGGCGCUGCGGCGGCUCGAGGGGGAGGACCAGCUCGGCGAGCUCAGGCGGGCCCCUUCUGGACGCAGCGGCAGCGCGGAGCACCAGAGCGGCAUCAAGCACAUCGUCUGGCACAAGACACGCCAGGACCAGUCGCCGGAGGAGGUGGAGCGGGCGCUGCGGCGGCUCGAGGGGGAGGACCAGCUCGGUGAGCUCAGGCGCGAGCGGGAGCGGCAGAGCGGCGUCAAGUACAUCUCCUGGUUCAAACAAGGCCAGGCGUGGCGUGUUCAGUACAGGAUAGAGAACGGCCCCGACAAAGGUAGCGUGACGAGUCUUCGAUUCCGCCCCAAGGACGGGUCGCAGCAGGAGGUGGAGCGGGCGCGGCCCGCCGCCGUCGAGGCGCUGCGGCGGCUCGAGGAGGAGGACCAGCUCGGUGAGCUCAGGCGCGAGCCGGAGCGCCAGAGCGGCGUCAAGUACAUCUCCUGGUUCAAACAAGGCCAGGCGUGGCGUGUUCAGUACAGGAUAGAGAACGGCCCCGACAAAGGUAGCGUGACGAGUCUUCGAUUCCGCCCCAAGGACGGGUCGCAGCAGGAG